CAUAUCAGGACCCGGAGUCGUCUGCGGAGUCCUCCUACAGAAUUAUUUAGGGGUUGACCGAAUUGAAGUGCAAUUCAUUUUUCUCUCGCUCCUCUCUCUCCUUGCUAUUUUCGCCCCGCUAUUCGGAAUAUCCCACCUUCUGAUUCUGCACCCCAGCGCCGUGUUUCCCAGUACCAAGCAUGGCCGACCUCCGCCCUAGUCCUAUUGCCAUCAUAGGCAUGGCAUGCCGUCUUCCUGGCGGCUCAGAUAACCCAGACAAGCUCUGGGACAUGCUAUCAGAGGGACGAAGUGGCUGGCGAGAGAUACCAGCAGACAGGUGGAAUAAAGAUUCCUUCUACCAUCCCGAUCCAGAGGCAAAGGAAGCCAUCAACACCAAGAGCUUAUACUUCUUGGAUCAAGAUAUCAGUGCUUUUGAUGCGCGCUUCUUCAACAUCCAUCCUCAUGAGGCGCACUGUCUUGACCCGCAGCAGCGCAUUUUGCUCGAGACGGCGUACGAGGCGCUCGAGAACGCUGGACAGACGUUAGAGUCAAUCAAAGGCUCCGAUACCUCUGUCCACGUCGGAGCAUAUGCUACCGACUUCGAACGCAUGGGAUACAAGGACAUAUCGAGAACCCCAAAAGCUCACAUGAUCGGCACUGGCAUUGCAAUUCUAUCCAACAGAAUAUCCUAUGUCUUCGAUCUCAAGGGCCCAUCAAGCACAGUGGACACUGGAUGUUCGGGAAGCAUGGUCGCCCUGCAUCAGGCAUGCCAUGGGCUGCGAGCACGGGAAUCGAAGAUGGCUAUUGUCGCCGGAACCCAAUUAGUGCUCACUCCAGACCAGAUCAUUCCCAUGAGCAGUGUAGGCAUGACGAACCCGGAUGGGAAAUGCUAUGUUUUUGAUAGCCGGGGCGCCGGCUACGCACGAGGUGAGGGUGUUGUUACUUUGAUUCUGAAGCGUCUCGCGGAUGCCGUCGGUGACGGCGACAAGAUCCACGCUAUCAUCAGAAAUUCUGGGUUGAACCAGGAUGGCAAGACCGCCGGCCUCACACUCCCGAAUCCCGCUGCUCAAGCAGAUCUUAUACGGCAAGUCUAUCGUAAUGCUGGUCUGAGCCCAGCGGAAACUGCGUAUGUUGAGGCGCAUGGCACAGGAACGCAGGCCGGUGACAGCGCCGAGAUUUCAUCGAUUGCGGAAGUCUUCACCAAAGACGGACGAGAGGGUGAUUUGUAUGUUGGCUCCAUCAAGUCGAACAUUGGACAUCUAGAAGCCUCUAGUGGUGUCGCAGGCUUGCUCAAAGCAAUCCUCAUCCUCAAACAUGGAAACAUUCCGCCCAAUAUCGACUUUAUCAAGCCCAAGCCCACUCUGCAUCUUGAGGAGAGGAAGAUUAAGGUCGCAACAGAAAUGGUUCCCCUCCCCGAAACCACUGUCCGGCGUGUGUCCGUCAACUCCUUCGGGUAUGGAGGCACCAAUGCCCAUGUCAUUUUGGAAGCUCCGUCAACAUACCAGGAACCAAUAGAGCGUACUCACUCUACCAAUGGCACAAAUGGGACGAAUGGCGUCCAUUUCGAGAAUGGUACACAUGGAACAACUGUCAUCCAGCUCGAAAACGGGACAAACGGGUACUCCAAGGGACCUUCCAAGUCUAAAACACUUGAAACGAACGGCCACCCAACCGAAUUCGACACCAUGAGCCCCAGCUCCGACAAAGGAGAUAACUCCCAGCUCUUCGUCCUGUCCGCCCGGUCCGAGGCUUCCUUGCAGGCUAUGGUCUCCAAGUUGCACCAAUGGGUCUCCGCCCGAAAGGACGAGUCCUACUUCCGCAAUCUCGCAUACACUCUCUCCACCCGCCGGACGAAACUGCAAUAUCGGUUCAGUACAGCCGCCUCAAACCAUGAUGAUCUUCUCAAUCAGCUCGAACAGAAGCCGCGCAUCACCAAGUCCGUAACGAACUUUCGCUCUGUUUUCCUCUUCACCGGUCAGGGAGCACAGUGGCAUGCAAUGGGUCGCGAACUUACUCUGCACCAGCCGGUUUUCCGGAAGUCGAUGUGGAAAUCCGAUUCCAUUCUCAAAGCCCUCGGCGCGGAUUGGAGCUUAAUUGGUGAACUCUCCAAAGACGAGAAAGGGUCGCGAGUCGGCGAUGCUGAGAUCUCUCAGCCUUCUACUACCGCAAUCCAGAUCGCAUUAGUCGACCUCCUCAAGACAUUCGGGGUCUCGCCUGACCUGGUCCUCGGCCACAGCAGCGGUGAGAUAGCCGCUGCUUAUGCUGCAGAAGCCCUCGAGCACGAAGCGGCGCUGGAGAUAUCAUACAGGCGAGGCUUCAUGUCCAAAGCUUGCGCACGAGUUAUUUCGAGCAAAGGCGCGAUGAUGGCCGUCGGUUUAGGCGAGCACGAUGUCCAGAAAUACAUUGAGCAGACCCGCACAGGACUCGUCAAUGUUGCCUGUGUCAAUUCUCCCGUCAGCACGACAAUCUCAGGUGACGAGGCUGCCAUUGAUGAGCUGAAGCAGAAUCUCGACGAGGAGUCUAUAUUCAAUCGGAAACUGAAGGUGGAUACGGCGUAUCACUCUCAUCACAUGAAGAAGGUUGCGUCCGAGUACCUCGCGUCUAUUGCGCACGUGAAAGCACGGACCCCGAAUCACGCUAUUAAGUUCUAUUCUUCUGUGAGUGUCACGCAGAAGACAGGGGGGUUUGAUGCGCAGUACUGGGUGGACAAUCUCGUUUCUCCUGUGAGGUUUGGAAACGCAUUGGACCUCCUUGUUCGUACUGAACUCGUGGGCAUCGAGCCGGCACCGCUGACACUGCUUACGGAAGUUGGUCCACAUGGUGCCUUGGGUGGCCCAGUGAGACAGAUCAUCCAGGGCCUUGGACUGCCGAGCUUCAAGUCCAACUACCUCCCUACACUGGUAAGAGGCCGUCACGCGGUUCUCAGCAUUUUGGAGACCGCGGGGAAGCUGUUUGAGUUUGGCUAUCCGGUGGCUUUGGAAGCAACACUUGGUGCAGACGACCCUGCGAAACCUGCAACCUUGAUUGACGAUCUCCCGCCAUACUCUUGGGACCAUUCUACAAGCUAUCUCUAUGAGUCGAACCUCAGCAAGCAACAUCGCUUCCGUGCGCAUCCACCGCACGAUCUCCUGGGCUUGCGUGUUGCCGGAACAACCAACCAUGAGCCCACGUGGCGGAACUUCCUUGGUGUCGACAGUCUUCCGUGGCUGCGGGACCAUGUGGUCGACGGCUUUGCAAUCUAUCCCGCCGCUGCAUACCUCUCCAUGGCCAUCGAAGCAGCUCGCCAAAUUGCUAUUGAUCGGAAGAUACAGGGCGUCAUGUCCCGUGUCCAUCUAAAAAACGUCACCUUCACAAAGUCAAUUAUGAUCCCCGAGCGACGUACAGAUGGGUUAACGGCGGACGUUGAAGUUAUGCUCACGCUGAGACCUGGCAAACAUCUGGCUGAUCGUACAUGGGAGACGUUCCGCAUCAUGGCCCUAUCGACUGAGGAUGUCUGGCACGAGCACUGCUCCGGCUCCGUCAUGAUCGAGUGGGCAGCUAAAAAGGACGACGUCGAAGGCUUCCGUGAAGAAGACAUGAUGAUAUCCUCCCAGCUCAAGCGACUCCAAGACAUCAGAGAUGCGUGCGAUACGACCAUCGACCACGACGAGCUUUACGCGAAUUUUGCCGAGAACGGAAAUGUGUAUGGUCCAACUUUCAACGGCAUUCAGUCAGUACAGGUCGGGCCCCUGGGCGGCAUUGCCAAUGUGCUCGUCCCUGAUGUGAGGAGUGUAAUGCCAAAGCAGUGGCAGCAACCGCAUUUGAUUCACCCCGCGUCCUUCGAUGCCGUGUUUCAACUCGGCAUCCCUCUGUACCGCAGAAACGUCGGCAACGGUCCUGUGAUGCCCACAGGCGUCGACGAGGUGAGCAUCAACUGCAACCUUGGCAGCGAACCCGGCACCAAGUGGGUUGCGACGACCACCCUGUCCGAAAUCGGUGUUCGCUUCGCCGUUGCGGAAAUCAUGGUGUUCGAGGAGACUGCUGAGGGCGCACCGCCGAAACCAAUGAUCACCAUCAAAGGCGGUUCUCUUCGUGGGAUUGGCGAAGCGCCGCUUGAUGAGAGUGCGCUCCCGUUUAGUCGCAAGAUGAGCUAUCGUCUCAAGUGGCAACCUGACGUUGAUUACCUUCCAUUGUUGCAGAUGGCGGAACAAUCCGAGUCGCAGAGCUCUUCAGUUGUUCCCCAACUGGUAACGUACAUGCAGCUUCUGUCCUUCAAGCAGCCCCAUAUGAAAAUAUUGGAAAUCGGAGCCGGGAACGGAGACGUGGCCCGGGCCGUCCUGGAGACUGUCGAUCGUCCGGAAGGGUUGCUGCUCGACAAAUACAGCUACACCAACAUCAACGCGGAGACUUUGGAGCAAGGCAAAGCCAUACUCCAAAAAUGGGUCGACUGCGUCGAUUUCAAGACCCUUGAUCUUUCCACGGAUCCUGUCACACAAGGCUUUCAGGAAGGCGAAUUCGACCUCAUCAUUGCCUCCUCGGAUGCUCUCCAAGGCGUGGGCUCGUUGGAUGAAGGUUUGGCCAACUCGCGGAAGCUCUUGAAGACUGGCGGACGCAUGAUCGUGCUUUCACAGUCGCCAAGCACGUCCGACGCAUGGCAGUCACGCUUGACGACGAACCAUGGCCACGACUUCCAUCCGGUGCAUGUCGCCACUCCCCAGCUGAUUGUCGCAACGGCAAGCGAUGCGCAGUCGCCUCCGCGAGCAGACUUCCCUCCUGUCAGCAUCAUCUGCGAAUCGGAAACAGCGGGGUUCGCGGCUCUCGCUCAAGCCAUCACGACAUGCCUGACGAGCCAAGGGUUUGCCUGCUCGUUGGGUGGCUGGCCAGCCUCGCCUGUGGACGCCGACGCCAUCUACAUUGUGCUGGAUGACGUCGCAGACCCGGUGCUAGCCGCUCCUUCGACAGAGAGAUUCACUCAAAUCGUUUCGCUCCUUACCAGGGCGAAGAGCGUCCUCUGGCUCAGCGGGCAAGAAAGUGGUGGCGAUGUGCUCCAUCCCUCAAAGGGCAUGAUCAAUGGGCUUGCCCGAGUCGUCCGUCGCGAAAAUGCUGGAAUGCGACUUGUCACGGUCAACAUGCAAGAAGACAUUGCCCACCCGGAAUCCCUAGUUGCUCUGAUCUUAGAGGUCGUGUCGAGAUCUUUUGCCACCCCAAUUCGUGCGAGACGAUCCACUGAGGAUGAGUAUACUUUCAGCAACGGACAGACUCUCAUUUCCCGUGUCCACACCGACUUCAAGUUCAACGACUAUGUGACAAAGUCUCUUUAUCCUCAAAGAGUGGAAUCCGGACUUUACCAACAAACUGAUCGACCUUUGAAGCUUGAAUUGGAGACUCCAGGACUUCUAAGCAGUCUUCGGUUUGUUGACGACGAUGUUCCGUCCAAGCCCCUCGGACCCUUUGACUUGGAGCUUGAAGCCAGAGCCUACGGCAUCAACUUCAAGGAUGUGUUCAUAGCCAUGGGUCAGAUGGUGCCUGGAGUUACAAUGACCGGCGAAUGCGCCGGCAUCGUUCGCAGAGUGGGCUCGGCACUCACUGAUCAAUAUCGCGUUGGAGACCGCGUAUGCGGCAUUGGUGCGGAGCCCUUCUCGAGCCAUCCGCGAAUCGACGGUAACCUCAGUGGUCGAAUUCCCCCAUGGAUGUCCUUUGCCGUUGGUGCAUCUAUCCCCAUCAUCUUCUGCACGGCAUACCACUGCAUCGUCGAGGUUGCUCGGCUCCAACGCGGGCAGACCAUCCUUAUUCACGCCGCCUCUGGUGGCGUUGGUCAGGCAGCGAUCCAGCUCGCGCAGAACAUUGGAGCGGAGAUUUUCUGCACUGUAGGGAGCAGUGAGAAGCGCCAGUUGCUCAUCGACAACUUCAAUAUUCCGCCAAGCCACAUUUUCUCAUCCCGGCUUCGCACAUUCAAGCAGGGCAUCCUGCGUCUGACCCAGAACAAGGGUGUCGACUGCGUCCUGAACUCGCUGUCGGGCGAAUCGCUCCAUGACUCCUUUGCAGUCCUCGCCCCAUUGGGCACCUUCGUCGAAAUCGGAAAGUCGGACAUCUACAAGAAGAACGACAUCAACAUGAUGCCCUUUGACCGGAACGUCACGUUUGCAGCUGUGGAUCUAACGGUCUUGGCUAAAAUCAAACGGGCUGAAAUGAGAGUGAGACUCAGCAAGAUUCUCUCGAUGUUCGAGGAAGGCACCUUACAGGCAGUGAAACCCAUAACGACCACCCCCAUGACCGACAUCGAGGAGGCUUUCCGUCUUAUUCAGUCAAGGAAGCAUACCGGCAAGGUUGUUCUUGUUUGCGACGAGAAGACCCAGGUCAAGUUGACUGUGGCGCGCCCUAAGCCUCUCAUUCUGGACAAGAAUGGCUCUUACGUGAUCGCCGGUGGUCUUGGGGAUCUCGGGCGAAGAAUUGCCAGGUACCUUGCUGCUCACGGUGCUGGACACGUGGUAACCUUGUCGCGACGCAAGCUCGACGAGGAAGAUCAACUGACCUUUGAGAAAGAGCUGCAAUCCCUUGGAGCUGAACUGCACAUCAUUUGUUGUGACAUCACAGAUAAAGAAUCUGUCCAAUCCGCUGCUGCGUGGUGCUCUGCAAAUCUACCCUCAGUAAAAGGCGUUGUUCAUGCGGGAAUGGUUCUCCGCGACCGACCUUUCGAGAGCAUGUCCCACGACGAUUAUGUCACAUCACUCAAGCCCAAGGUGCAAGGAACUCAAAACCUCGAUGCUGCCUUUGGCGUCUCUGACUCCCUGGCCUUCUUCAUCAUGUUGUCGUCCAUUACCGCGAUUCUCGGAACGGCCGGUCAGUCCAACUAUGCCGUCGGCAACGCCUUCCAGGACGCUUUUGCUCAAAGCAAGGUGAACUCCAAGUGCAGAUAUGUGGCAGUGAACCUGGGCGCGGUCGAUGGCUCAUUGGCAAUCACUUCUCUACCUGCUGCACAACAAGAGAAGAUGCGGCUUGGAACCGCUCUCAUGUCAUUCGAGGAAGUCUUCACCGUUCUGGGUUAUGCCAUGAGUCCACAAGCGCGCCAGGAUGAUCUCAGCCAACUGAUCCUCGGAUUCGAUCGAAAAUCGAUGGAAGCGGUUCACGAUGGAAUGGCGCUCGCAAAUCCCGUCUUUAGUCAGAUUCCCUACCUGGAAGCGAAGGGAGAAACGGCCGAGACGAGCAGCACGGACAUUGGGAAAAUGCUUCAACAGGCAUCCACGUCGGAGGAAAUCCACAGCAUCGUUGUCGGUGGAAUAUGCCAGCGAUUCGCAAUGUUUAUCGCUUGCGCACCUGAGGAUAUUAGUCCGGAUGUUUCGAUGGACAACUUUGGUCUCGACUCUCUCGUCGCAAUCGAGCUGAAGAAUUGGCUCGUGCGGACCUUUCAGACAACAUUGCAGACGUCCGAAGUCCUCGAUGCUUCCAACAUCAAUAGUUUGGCCAGAACUAUCGCUUCCAGAUCUAAGCUUAUCGCCAAAGGCACCGAGCCCGACAAGAAGGUGGAAAACGGCGCGGUUGAUCAGGCCUUGGUCAAACCUGAGGGAGCAGCUUCCGUUUCGAGUCGAGAUCAUGACUUCCAUUGCUGCAAAGCGUUUAAGACGCUCAACAAGUUGCCCCUCAACGACUUUGAAACCAUCUUUGACGACUACCUAGAGAACUCGAAAAUGUUCUUCACGCCCGAAGAGUUCCAGACCCUGGAGAGAGACGUCGCAGAGUUCAGGCAACCAGGAAGCAUGGGCCGGAAGUGCUACGAUCGUCUGCAUCAGCAGGCCCAUGAUCCUGAAAUCGAGAACUGGCAGGAUAGAUACUUCCUCCAGAGCAUGUAUCUUCAGCGACGCAUGCCCCUAGCGCCGUUCAACAAUUUCAUGGCCUUUCACCCGCUCGGAAUGGAGCAUACACAGGCAGAGCGGGCAGCGUUGAUUGCUAAGAUCGCCUUCCAAUGCAAGCAAGAUCUCGAGGCAGACAAAUGGGAGCCGAUGGCGUAUCUCGGAACCGCAAACUGCACCGAUCUUUGGCAGUACAUUUUCAAUACCGCUCGUUUGCCGGGCGUACCUCUCGAUCGCAUGGCCAAGUUCCCUGGAAAUGACCAUAUAGCCGUUUUCCACCGCGGACAUAUUUACAAAGUCGAUCCCAUCGACGGAAAUCAGAACCUGUCCAUCGAAGCAUUAACCAACAUUUUCCAGUCUAUCUUGGACCGUGAUGACAUUGACGAAAACUGGACAAGCAUUCUGAGCGCGGAUGAUCGCACUUCUUGGGCCGAGAAUCGCGACGCGCUUAUCAAGUUGGACCCGAUCAACAAGGAAACCAUCGAUAUGGUAGAAACAUCCGCCUUCCUUGUCUGCCUUGACGAGACAAAACCUACCGAUGCGGAGGACAGAAUCAGGCAAAUGAUGAUGCGCGACGGCUUCAACCGCUGGGUUGACAAGUCCAUUGCGUUCGUAGUAUGCAAGAACGCGACUUCUGGCACAUAUGUCGAGCACACUAUGAUAGAUGCAAUGACUCUGUACACAAUGCAAACCGCAAUUGUGGAGGGAAUAACGACUUAUAAGCCCCCCCGACACGUCAACGGGCACUCCAACGGUGUCUCGCAGCCACCGCAGGAGUUCAUACUCAAGACAACCCCUGCCCUAGAAGACCGCGUUCUCCAAGUCCGCGAGCGCUUCGUGUCUGAGAUCAAAAAGUUCGGCUACCGCGACGUCAUCCUCUCCGAAUUCGGCACGGAUGUCCUCCUAGACCGCCGUCUCCCCAUCAAGGGUAUCUACGACCUCAUGUGUCUACUCGCCAACUACUACUACUAUGGCUACAAUGCGCAAUCCUGGGAAGCCGUGUCAAUGUCGCACUACCACAAGGGCCGACCGGACAUCGUGCAAGUCAAUACGCCCAAGACCGCGCAUUUCUGCACCAUCGCAGACGACGAGUCCCUACCCGCGCGCGAACGCUUCGAGAUCAUGCUCGACGCGGCCAAUGCCCGUAAUCAAACCAUCAAAGACGCAUUCAUGGGCCACUGCUACCAACGCACGCUCCGCGCGCUGGAGCUCUGCGUAGAAGAGGGAGAGGAAGUGCCUGCGCUUUUUAAGAAUCCGCUGUAUGAAAGAACUGUGGAGCCGGAUCAGAUGUUUGGAAAUACAGAUGGGCUUUCGCCGGAGAGUUGCUUUAUCAUGCAGAAUCCGAAGAAGUUUUGGAUGACGUAUUAUGUUACUGAUGCUGGAUCGCACUUCUCAGUUAUUGCAGGCAAGGAGGAGGUGAUUGCUUGGGCGGAUUGCUUGCAAAGGGCGUCGGUGGUAAUGAAGACGUUAAUUGAUGCUGCGUAAGAGCGUUUUUCAAGGGGUUGUGGCGGGUGUCAUGGUUUUGUAUU